UUUAUCAUGGGAUUUCACAGAGAGAAGGAUAAAGAAGAAGGGAAAAUUUCAAAAUCCCCUCAAACCCUCGAUUACAAUUCAUUCCAAAAAUUGACAAAAAAUUUACACAAUUUCGGAUCUCCAUUAUCAAAUUAAUUUCUCCAAAGUUGAGGAGCAGAUAAUACGAAGGAGAGAGAGAAGAAUUUCGCCCAAAUUUAGCUGUUUUCCAACGACACCAUAAACUUGGAUCUUCCGAAAAUUUGGAGGUUUGUUUUGGAGAAAUUUCUCUAUUAGUUGUAAGAAUCUAAAUUUAUAGCUUACACAUAUUUGAGUAAAGAGUUUUCAUUUAUAUGUUUUGAUUAGUAAACUCAAGAAAAUUAAGAUUUUGGGGGUUCAACUCAACCCAGUGAACCCCCUUUGAUUAGAGGAUAAACCCUAGUAUAAUAUGAUUGGGAAAUGGAUCAUUGGUUUGAUAUACAUUGUCGCCGUGGCGGCGAUUUGGAUUGCUGCUAGCUAUGUGGUUCAAUCUGUGGUGGAUGAGGGAGUUUCCCCUUUCCUUAUCACAUAUAUUUGCAACUCAUUGUUUAUAAUAUAUAUACCUCUUGUGGAAGCUGCAAGAUAUUUGGAAGAUUAUACUGGGAAUUUGUGUUUUUGGAGGAAGAAAUUAGAUGUGGGGUUGCAAGAAUUAGCUCAUUCGGAGCCGGAGGAGGUUGUUCUUCUUGAGAAGAGUGAUUUGGAUGAGCAAACAAAUAGUAUACAACCCCAUUUAUGUGGUGAUCGAGAAGAAUUGUGUCGAAGCUCUGUAGGGACGGUUUAUGAAGUGGAAAAAGAUUUUCUUGAUCGAGUUGAUGUUGAUGAAGGACUGGAUUCGAAGGGGCGUUGGACACGCACUAGGGUAGCAAGAGUGAGCUUAUUGAUAUGUCCAUUUUGGUUUUUGGCACAGCUGGCCUUUAAUCUGUCUCUCAAGUAUACGACAGUCAGUUCUAAUACAAUUUUGAGCACUUCAUCUAGCCUUUUCACUUUUAUGCUAUCUUUGGCAUUCUUGGGUGAGGAAUUCACUUGGUUGAAGCUCAUAGGUGUAUUACUUUGCAUGGGAGGGACAAUCAUUGUGAGUUUGGGUGAUACAGAAGCAGGAAGCAGUGUAAUCAACUCAAAACCUGUUCUGGGAGACAUUUUGUCUCUUUCUUCAGCUGCUCUGUAUGCUGUAUAUAUAACUCUCAUCCGUAAGAAGUUGCCUGAUGACGAGAAAAGUGGCCAAGUGAGCAUGGCACAGUUUUUGGGUUUCUUGGGAUUUUUCAACAUGGUGAUUUUCCUUCCAGUUGCACUUAUAUUGCACUUCACAGAGGUGGAGUCAUUUACCACUUUUACCUGGAAGCAGUUCAGCUUGAUUUUGGGCAAAGGUUUGCUUGAUAAUGUCCUGAGCGACUACUUAUGGGCCAAAGCUGUUCUUUUGACAACGACAACUGUGGCAACGGCUGGUCUUACAAUUCAGGUUCCUUUAGCAGCUUUGGUCGAUACACUGAUCGGUAAUGCUCCCAAUACAAUGGAUUACGCCGGAGCUGCGGCUAUCAUGGUUGGGUUCGUUGGCAUCAAUAUCCCUUCUGAUGCUUUCAGUCAGUCUAAGGAAGUGGAAGUUACCUUGGAGCUAGAAAACACAAGUCAAGAUCAAAAUCAUGUCUUGUCGAACUCCUAAGCUGCUGGUUUAUUUUAGGUUUUGUUCAGUAUACGUUUACCACUCCACUUGUUAUUUUACUAUAAUCAAAUCCUAGACUCCAUCACAGUAUUAGGUUCUUGAUUUGAAGCAGCCAAGGUAAAAAAAAAGCCAUUAUACUUCCUCCGUUACACUUUCAAAAAUACACUUUUCUGGGCAAUUUUUUUUUAAAGAGGAGAGAGAUAAGAGAGAAAAAGGGGACCCAUAUGAUAGGAGAGAGAUAGAGAGAGAUUAUUGCUUAAAAAGGAAGUGCAAUAUGUAUUUUGUUACAACCAUAUUUAGAAAGUGUAACAUCUAUUUUGUUACGAAGGAUGUACUUGUAAUUUAUAUUGUAACGUUUUUUAGGGAGCCGUACAUUGUACACUAUAAUGUUGGAUCUGUAUAUAUUGUGGAAAUAGUUUAAUCA